AUGCAUACAGUCCCUCAGUUGAAAGAUAAAUCCCUCUUCAUUGAAAGGUGCUAUGUCAAUGGAGAAUGGGUUGACGCGAAGUCUGGUGAGACCUUUGAAGUACAUGGUAAUUACUUUGUCCAGCCGUUGAACUACCCCUCGACUGGUAAACUUAUUGGUACAUGCCCGGAGUUCACGCCUGUCGAUACGCAGAAAGCGAUUGAUGCCGCUGUUGCUGCAUUCCCGGCUUUCCGAAAAACUACUGCCCGUGAACGUGCCCGAAUGCUCCGAAGAUGGCAUCAGUUGAUGAUGGAUAACGCUGAAGACCUGGCCACUUUGAUUACCUGGGAAAACGGGAAACCAAUGGUUGAUGCAAAAGGGGAGGUGAACUACGCAGCAAGCUUUUUCGAAUGGUUUAGCGAAGAGGCUCCCAGAAUCUACGGCGAUACUAUUCCAGCUACCGUCCCUGGUAACAGAAUUAUGACGAUCAAAGAGCCUGUCGGUGUCUGUGGCUUUAUUACACCUUGGAACUUCCCUGCGGCUAUGAUCACCAGAAAAAUAGCCCCGGCAUUGGCUGCAGGUUGUACUGUCGUGGCCAAAUCACCUGGAGAGACGCCAUUCACAGCAAAUGCUAUUGCUGAGCUGGCCACCCGUGCGGGGAUUCCAAAGGGCGUGGUAAACAUAGUUACUGCACUGAAGAAUACCGCAGAUAUCGGUCUAUGCCUUACAACUGCUCCGGAGAUCCGCAAAGUGUCUUUCACAGGCUCAACGGCAGUAGGAAAACUGCUUAUGAAGCAAUCCGCCUCUACCAUGAAGAAACUGUCCUUUGAACUGGGAGGUAAUGCACCAUUCAUCGUAUUCGAUGAUGUUUCCAGCAUAGAUGCUGCAGUAGCCGGCGCAAUUGCAUCCAAAUUCCGCAGCUCAGGCCAAACUUGCGUGUGUGCUAACCGCAUCUACGUUCAAAAGGGCGUCUAUGAUGAAUUCGUCGCUAAAUUCUCAGAAAAAGUGGGAGGUUUCACUUUGGGCCACGGAUUCAACGAAGGGGUCACACAUGGACCUGUCAUACAUUCCCGUGCAAUUGAUAAGGUACAUGAGCACGUCAGCGAUGCACAGUCAAAAGGUGGCAAAGUGAUUAUAGGUGGACAAAGAGCUCCUGAGCUUGGGUCAAAUUUCUUCUUCCCUACCGUCAUCACUGAUAUGACAAAAGAUAUGCGAAUGGCAUCUGAAGAAACAUUCGGCCCCGUAGCCGGUAUUUAUCCUUUCGGGACCGAGAAAGAAGUAGUGGAACUUGCGAAUACGGCCGAAGUUGGUCUUGCUGGCUACUUCUUUAGUGAGGAUGUCCACCGCAUCUUCCGUGUUGCUGAGGCCUUGGAGGUCGGCAUGGUUGGCGUUAACACUGGAAUUAUCAGCGACACUGCUGCCCCAUUUGGUGGUGUAAAGGAGAGCGGAUUUGGCCGCGAGGGAAGCAAAUAUGGAAUUGACGAGUUCCUUACUAUCAAGACGGUAACAUUUGGUGGUAUGGGAGGUGAUCUCCAGAUAAAAAGGAAGCCUUCGGUAUCGGGACAUAUAUCCGCAAAUACCGAUCCUCCUCCAAUUUCUACAGCUCGUGGAUGA